AUUUCAGUCGCGUUUUUCACGACCUGCCCGCGGUUGUUGUUUCAACAAAGUUUCCUAUUUUUUCCAAAAAACAAUAAAUACCGAAAAAGAAAUGAAAAUCGGAGUGGUUUAAACAAAACGCUGUACUUAACGCAUACACAUAUCGGUGAAAUUGGACCACUUCUUGCCCUUCUGCCCAAGGAAAUCGGAAAAGCCGGCGGAAAAUAGGGAAAACGGCUGCCAGCAUCCCAGGGAACCCAGCCCAAAGGAACUUCCAACUGCCGCGCAUUAGACUAAAAAGUAAUGACAAGUGGACUUUAAGAGGAGCAAGGAGAAGGAUUAGAAAGCCAGAAACGGACAUAUCAUUAGCCAGCUAGUCGAAACAGUAUUUCCAAAAUGUUUGACAUCACCUGGCUGCCCACCGCCUGCGGAUCCCUGGCCCCGGCCCUCAUCCCGCCGGCCCACAUCGUCAUCCUGUGGUACUUCUGGGAGAACUACGCCCGCUACGUGGACAGGCACUUCUGCACCUGCUCCUGCUGGGACACCGUCUUCAAGGGACCCUACGAGUCGGGCGUGGCCGCCUACAAGCACAUGUACUUCAAUGCCACGCCCAACAGCUUCAAGAUGUGGAUUCUGACCGUGUUCGCCGUGAUUGCCCUGUACGAGUGCAUCAAGAGGCUAAUCGCCCUGAUCCUCCAGCAGCGCGUGCGGUACUCGAUGCUCCUGCUCUUCCUGCUCUCGAUAUUCUCGCACUACUACGCCUGGUGGGCGUACAUCAACUACUACAACGACGACUAUUACAAUCAGUGGAAUCACCAGCUCUUCUUCACGGUAACCGAGCUGUUCUCCACGGUGCUAGUGAUGCACUUGGCCAACACCACCAACGUGGUCACGCCGAAGAAGGUCUUCUGCAUUGUUGGCAUCGCCCUGCUGCACAUCCUGGCCAGCAGCUUCGACCAGUUCUUCAUGAACGUGGUGCGCGGCGAGGGCUAUGCCCACCAGAUAGUGCGGGACAUCGGGUUCAUGAUUCCCGAUCUGCUCCAGCUCUUCGUUCCCGUUUGGCUCCUCCGGCAGACCCGUCGCGAGAGCUACACCACGCGUCCCUUCCACCGAGAUCGAAAACUCCAUCGGGACAUUGUGAUGAUGCUGUGCCUGGUGUCGCUGCUCUUUGUCAUCUGCACGGUUUUGUGAGAGCGGAUCAUGCUGGAGGUCUACGAGGAGCGACAUGGCAAGGUCGUGCCCAUGCAGGAUGCAGCGGUCCAGCUGCUGAACCGCUACCGCAUGCUGGCCAGUGGAAAUGUGCACAAUUGAAAGAGGUGAUUGCUUUUGAUACUGAACGGAUUGUGGGUGGACAAUAGUGGCACUUACGGGCAGUAAGUGCGGAAUAUCCUGAAUUCCUGUAGAGUUUCGUAUUUUCAUUUACCGUUUGUGAUAGUUUUUCUUUUGAGACGAAGUGAAGCGGACGACGAGCAUAUCGAUAAGCGUAAUUAUCAACUAACCAUGGUACAUAAUUAAUACAACAAACUGCAAUCUUCCAUUUAGAACCGUUGACCGAUGUUAAGUGCAUUACCAUUAACCCAUAGUUGAACUUAGGUAAAAUGUAGAGAAAUCCAAUCAAGAAUCAUACGAGUAGAAGGGUUUAGCCCCUAUAGAUACAACGAUAAACAGUUAUCACAGACAUGCACACAUGUGUAGAUUAGUUAUGGAACAACGAUGCGAAUACUUAAUAUUGAGUACGGAUUGUGGAAGUGGAGACCCACCCACCCAGUGUUAUAUACCUUAUAUUACCUUAACAAGUUACAUGUGACUUAGACUGUUGUUAGAUAAUAACAAUAUUAUACAUGUUCAUCAUGGCAAACCAAAAUAUUCCAGUACAUCUAGUAGAGAAACCACAACAAAAACAAAAUAACAUAAAAAACCAAAACCGUAGUAAUCAAAAUUAGCGUUAUACUAUAUUGUUAUGAUUAACUUUACAUGAAGGAAAUCAAAAACAUGCAGAUAUUAAUAUUUGGAAUAGCCUAUACUUAUACACAUAUAUAUAUUU